CCAACAACACCUCCUUCUUUAAACUCGUUUUAUGUGUAAUUGAUAUCGUCUCCGAAGAGAAAACGGCUGUUAUUUCAGUAUUUUGGGGGUUACGAAAUGAAAGUAACGAAAGUGUCAGCCGAGAAGGAUGGACCCUAAAACGCCCCUUGACAUCAGAUAAACCUCACAGUACAGAAUCGAUUAGUUGAAUGCAAGAUGAUGCUGCCCUUGUCAAGGACAAAUGGAACAUAAAGUUGUAAAGGAUGGGAGGCGCUGGUGUUAGCAGAAAUGAUAGAAAGCCAGAUAAACUAGUUGGUGAGGAAGAUUAGUCGGGAGAGCAACACAAUUGGCUUAUAGAGUUUAAAAUAAUUUACUCCUGGCUGAGUUGGGGAAACAGUUUUGACCGUUAAUACAGGCAGAUAAACGUAAUUGUCUGAUGGAGUACAGUGAGAGAGUGCUGUGUGGGAUGGGGGAGGUGGAGCUGGACCCCAACAUUGUGAGUGAAGAGGCGGGAAAACUGUAUUCAGAGCUACAGACAGUUAUUGAGGCCCAUGGUGAAGGUGUGGUGGAGUCGCUGGUACCCAUAUUUGUGUGGGUCCUGGAGGGGCUGGCCAGCUGCAAAGCCCAGCUGAGAGACAGGGAGGAGGAGGCGGAGAGGGAGAAAGCUGAGCGAGAAGAGCUGCUGGAGAGAUACCAAGCAGAGAAAGCAAUCAGGAAAGAAAGUCAAGAGCGGUAUCUGGAGCUGGAUGACCAAAUUGAACAAGAGAGGAGAGCCAUGAGGGGGAGGGAAAAGGAGAGAGCGCGGCGAGAGAGGGAGCUCGAGAAGAUGGCAAGGGGGCAAGCUGAUCAGUUGGUGGCCUUGGAGGAGCAGAAGGCAAAUCUGAGUAGAGAACUAAGCACACUGAGGCAUACUCACAACAAGCUGGCUCACACAUAUCGGGAACUUUUGGAAAAGAGGAAGGAUUCUGAGAGAGAUUCUCCUUUAAGGAACCAUGUGCAUCCCAAGAAUGCUGAAUUUCCAUCCAACCAUGUCCUGUCAGAAUCCAGUGUGAAUGAAAAGAUGAUUCAAAGACCACAUUCACUUUCUGGUCCCCCCUGUUUGGAAGAUCUAGUAGCCAAGCAAGAAAAGGCGAUUGACAUUUUAGUAAAGCCCGCCGCAGAUCACUUCAUCAAUGACAUCAUAAGCUCCACUCCUGAGCUGAGGCAGUUUCAUGGCAGUGUGGAUGCAAGCACCCCAAACACCAAAGAGCCACUGAGAGAUGAGUCGGAGACCAGCGUGGAGGACGAGAUGAGGGAGGUGGAGGAGAAGGAGACGGCGCGUACAGUAGAAGAAGUGCAGGGAGGAGAGACGCUGGAAAAAAACGGGGAGGAGGAGGAGGAGGUGGAGGAAGAUGAUAGUAUGGAGUGGGAGCUGCGCAACACUGACUCUGUGUUCUCUGAGCUGUCAGAGCUGAGUCGGGAUUAUGUGGAGAGUGUAGACAGAGGGGCCAGUGUCAGAGGCAGCGCAGACCAGUUCGAGGAGAUUCUUUCUCAGUAUGAGGAACUGAAAGUCACCCAACAGUUAGUAGAAGUUGCCCGUAAGGCUUUGAUAUCUCGGGUAGUCGAGCUCACUGAUGACCGUUCAGCUCUGACACUGGAGGUGACCGCUCUUCAGGAAACCGUCUCACGAUUGGAGGGACGGAUGAAGGAGAAGGAGGAGGAAACUAAGAGACUUCGGAAAGAACUGGAAGGGUGCCAAUCUCAGGAUCCUGAUGCCUCUCUAGCCACGUCCAUGCGCAACUUCUCUCGUUCUGAAAUGUCUCGUGUGGUCAUGGAGAAAAACCAAUACAAGCAGCGACUGUUUGACCUGCAGGAGGCUGUAAGACGUAGUCAGACGCUCAGAGCAAUACAUGAUGAAAGGUUAACGGAGGAGAAAAGGUUAAGUGUUUGGAGAAAGUUCAACCGCAUUUUUAGCAUGUCCAGGGGACCCUUAAUCCCACCUCCCUCCUCUGCAUUUGCCCGUCCAACUUCUCCGUCAAUCACUCGCUCUCCUCUGGAGUCUCCACAACUACCGGCUGUCAAUCAAACUCCUGCUGACAGAAGCAUUCUCUCUAGAUCUGCUUCUCCUGCUGCUCUCUCCCCUCGUGUCAGGAGGAGAGAACUCUACAAAGAAAUUCGCUCCCAUAUUUGGGGAUCACUUGGAAAGCGGCAGUUACACGGCUGGAGCACAUCGCUGUCAAACACACAGGACUCCCAUGAACCUGUUGCAGAGCCUAAAGAUGUGCCCGUUCUAAUGCAGCUCAGACUGCUGGAUCAAAGAGACUCCACAGCGAAGCUAAACUGUGCGGUUGCAGUCGCCCCUGAGAUGUCAGGAGAGGCCACGUGUUCUGUGUGGGUAGUUUCUGGCCCUGCCUCCUGCAGUAACAUUACAGUGAUUGAUCCAGCACGGUCCAACACAGUACUGGAUCAGUUCAGCCUCCCUCCCACAGCUCCUGCCCUCUGCAUCUGUGCCGUGCCGCCCAUAGGUGACACUGCAGGAACUGUGUGGAUUGGAACUCAGGAAGGAAGUAUACUGGUUCACUCAGCCUCUGCUGGCAGGAGGCGCUGUGUGCAGACUGUUUCUCUCUCAGAAGGUGUUCAUUCUCUCACAUAUUCUCAGGGUCAAGUCAUCGCUGGUUUUGCUGAUGGGACUUUAGCAUUUUUCACACACAGUUCAGGUGGCUGGAAUCUACGGUCACACUCGGUGAUGCCUCUUGGAUCAAACCCUUUGCAGCCCAUUCGCUGCUGCCUUGCAAAAGGUGGCCGCUUGUGGGUGGGAUAUUGGAACAAAGUCCAUGUGGUUGACAUUGACAGCAAGAAGGUUGAGCAAACCUUCUCGGUCUCUGAACGCAGCGAGCAGCAGGUGCGUUUCCUGUGUGCUGGUGGAAGUGGUGUUUGGACAUCCUGCCGACUCGACCAAAUCCUCAGACUGUUUGACUGGUCCACAGGACGGCCGCUACAGGAAGUCGAUUUUACUGCUUUGGUCACUAAAACUUUAGGCCAAGCCUUCCUGACACUCUCACCGCUCCAGAUCUCGUCUCUCGCAGUCAUCUCCGGCCGUCUGUGGGUAGGCACAGGGGGUGGUGCCAUUUUCUCCAUCCCAUUAUCCAUAACGUCAGAGGCGGUUUCCAUUCCAUAUUGCUCCAUUUCAUCAGCCCAGCUGUGUUACCAUGGACAUAGACAAGCUGUCAGGUUCAUCAUUGCUGCACCGAGUUGUUUGAUCGUCUCUCCUGGAAGCAACAAUGUCACAUCCUCUCAGCUCAUCCUCAGUGGAGGAGAGGGCUACAUCAACUUCCGGAUUGGAGACGAUGCGGAUGAGGAAUCGGUUGAUUUGUCCAAAACUACACUUCAGCGGUCUGAACGCAGUCACAUGAUCAUCUGGCAGAAUCCAACCCUCUCUGUGCCCAGCCCUGCCCUCUGACGUUGAUCAUCUCCUAGUUCUGCCCUUUUGUGAAUGAGAUAAAGACGGAGCAGACAUGUUCUGUACACCAGCAAAGCUACACAGACAACAGUGGAAACAGCUUGACUGGAUUGUUUCUGAUGGGUGUUGAGGCCUUACUUGUGUGCCUUAUCUGAUUUUUGUAUUUCUAUAAAACUGGUCAGUAAUUCAGCCGUCUGAUUAAUUGCUGAUUUUUACAUUUGCUCUAACAAUACAUUUAGUUUCCCUGACAUACAGCUGUGAUACCUUUUUGUCUGCCAUUGAGUUGUCAUUCACAUCUUCAUCCCACCCAGGGAGCUCCAGGUCUGUCCUACAUCUUUUGACCAUAAGUUUAACUUUAAUAUUUUGGCUGCUCUCGAAGCUGCUGUGUACAUAUGCUGUUGUUAACUGUGAACUGGAAACCGGUAUUGAUCUUCUCUCGUGUUAUCUGUUAUCUCCUGAUGCUACAUUAUAGAUUGGGGAUAGCUUCUUUUGAUUGUAAUGUGUUUGUUUUUGCCAUUUCUUUUCUAAUUCUACCCCUCCACAUUGUAUACGGUGCAAUUACAAACAGCUGCACAUUUUAAAUGUGUCUGUAUAAAAAUGUGUGAUGUCCCAUAUUCUAAAUGAACAAUUUCAGUACUUGUCCAUACAAAUUAUUUAUUUUCUCAAUGAGUUCUUUGCCUAAUGUAUUUGGAUGUCUUCAUUUGUUUUAAUAUAAUUUCAGUAUCUUUUGUAAAAUAAGGGAGAUCAUUCAUCAAGUGUCCUAUGCAGUAUUUAUGUGCAAUUACAAGUGUGUGCACUCAUGUUGAUGUCAAAGCAUCUCCUUAUUCUUCUUGGAAAGAAAAUUAAGGCUUGACUAUUAAUUCUGACUCAACCUUGUGCAAACAUGAUUAUUGUCAUUAAAAAUGUCUACAAUGGUAAAUGUAGUAACUUUAA